CUCGCUUCAACCUCACGACAACAUCAACCCAUCAUCUCCAUUCGUCGCCAUAUAAACGAAUUCGGAGUACAAAUCGACCUUUGCAUCGGUUUCAUUGGAUCGGAAGAAAAGAUCGGGCUACCACAUCCUCACCAGCUCCUCAUCAACUUCAUCACGCCUAUCAAGCCACAGCGCGGAUCAACAGGGAAAGAGAUAUCGUCUUUCGAAUGCAAAGCCCACGUCUUUUUUCAGUCAUCUGUUGCUUCGAUUAGUCAUGAUAACCAUACGGAACCUGACGCUCCACAAAAUCUCGAUCAACCGCGUCGAGCGCUUUGAAGAUCCAAACACCUCCAAGAGCAAAGCUGGGGGUUACUUCUUCGGGGCGAGUAAUGCGACUUCGGUAUCUCCUUCGGCACCAGAGUUAGGCGAACAUGCUCAGACGUUCAACCACAGGGAUCUGGAUGUCGAGUUGGGGCCUUGGGAAGCGUACACUCUCCGCGCACCGGGAGCGCACGAUGAGGACAAGGCGGUGUAUUCCAAUUCCACACUACGGCUCACGAUAGAGCUGGCUGACGGGGAACGUCAUCGUGUGGAUACCAACCCGUCGUACACGCAGAAGUCUGCUCAUAGAUUCACGCCGCUGUUGCCAAAUCCUGCGAAGACGUUCACUGCGCUGUUUCAUCCCUCUCAGCCCGUUCCACACUUGGUCAUUCACGCGAACGAUGCCAUAGAUUACUCGAAAUGGAUGCAGGAGAUACCAGACACGCUGCCACUGUCUGCUAUCUCCAUCCCAGGCACGCACAACUCACACACCUACUACAAGGCGCUUCCUUCGGUGAAGUGCCAGUCGGUAGAUAUCAAAACGCAGCUCGAGAACGGAAUCCGUUUCCUCGACAUCCGCGCCCAGCCAACACACGCGUCCGACCCCGGCAAGAAGCACAUGUACCUCGUCCACGGCGCGUUCCCCAUCAGCCUCACCGGCCCCAAGUACCUCGCCCCGAUCCUAGAAACCUGCUACGCGUUCCUAGCCACGCACCCCUCGGAAACAAUCCUCGUCUCGCUGAAACGCGAAGGCGUUGGCUCCGCCACCGACGAGCACUUCGCCCGCAUCCUACAGGACCACUACAUCGGCCCCAGCGCAUCGAAAUGGUACACGGAGCCCAACAUCCCCUACCUGGCCGCCGUGCGCGGCAAAUGCGUGCUCGUGCGCCGCUACCACACCCCCGCGGCCUCGACAUCCAUGUACUCGUCCGGCAGCGGCCUCGACGCAACCGCGUGGCCGUACAACAGCACCGCCGCGCUCUUCCCGCGCGCCGCGCCCGCCUUCCACCUGCAGGACUUCUGCGAGGUGCUGGAGCCCGCGGCCAUUGCGCUGAAGGCGCAGUACGCGAACGAGCACCUCGUGCGCGCGGCUGCGGCCGUGCACCAUAUCCCCGGCGUCACGACGGAUGAGAAGAACCCCGUGCCGCCCGGCCCGCUGUUCCUGAAUUUCCUCUCCGGCAGCAAUUUCUGGAGGCGCGCGUGCUGGCCCGAGAAGAUUGCGCUGGUGGUGAAUCGCCGCAUGGAGGAGUGGCUGUGUGCGGGGCAUCAUUUGAGGGAGCCGGGGACGGAGCCGGGGGAGCCGGGGAGGAGCGUGGGAGAGGGAGAGGGCGUGAGGGGGAGGAAGGAGGGGGAUGGGGGGACGGGGGUGGUGGUUAUGGAUGUUGUGGGGGAGGGCGGGGAUUGGGAUUUGGUCAGGCUGAUUGUGGGGAUGAAUAUGGGGGUGCUGCUGAAGGUGAGGGAGGGGCAGCGGUGAUGUCUGUGUUAUGAGUGGUUGUGGUGUGGAGGUCAAGAUGGAAAGAGCACUCAUGGUGUGAAAGUCAGGAUGGAAAGAGCGAUGCAGGUGUACUCCAUACUGUGUCUAUACACUUGAUACGGGCAACUGUUAAUACACGCCUUGGUAAAUCUUACAUCUAGUAUAUCUUGCUUGGCUGUAUUCGG